AUGGCGCCGUUGCCUCUCCGUGGCCGCCGACGAGACUAUUUCCUGCCUAUUGUAGCGGCUGCUGCUAAGACGUCAGUGGCCAACAACCAUCAUGAACGGGGACGAACGAAAGCAGCAGCAGUCAAGCUGUCAGAAGAUUUAUCAUUCAAUUGGAUAUUAUUCAUUAUAGCCGCGGCAACGCCUCAUCUUCGCCUCAUUUGA